CCAAGUUCCAGAACAGUGUAUUUUCGAAAGCACCUAAAAACUUAUGGACACUUUUCUAAAAACAAUGGUGGCACAAUUUUUACAUUCAAUUUAUAUUCUUUUGUAAUCGUCUAAAAUAAAAACCUUAAUUAAACAAUAAAUUAAAUUAAAUAAAGUGCAAUAAUUAUUGUAAAAAGGUUCGCGCCAAUAUUUUGCGUCAAAAAAAAAAGAAGGAUCUCUGCAUUAGAAACGUCAAAUCAAAUGUCAAAAAGCUAAAUAUUUAAUUAUUCAAAAAUUGUUUAUAAUUUUGUUUAAAUUAAUAUUAAAAUGCCCAAUAUUCCGAUAGUAUAUUGCUUCAAUAUGUAAUUCGUACAAUUCCAGCUUUAUUUCUUGUUACAAAGCCACAAAAAACUCAAUUAUUAAUUGCAUUCAAAAAAAAUCGAUCCUACUAUAAAUAAAAAAGGGCGGCAAAUUUAAAAUCAAUGUCCUAAGAAAUGGUUUUAAACGAUGGUUUUGAGCACAGAAUGGUCUCAAGUGGAAGUAAUCGAUUUGGUUAACGAUGGAUCUGGAUUAGGGUUUGGUAUCGUGGGAGGCCGCAGCACCGGUGUAGUGAUAAAAUCAAUCCUACCUGGCGGUCUGGCGGACAAAGACAACCGACUACAAAGCGGCGAUCAUAUUUUGCAAAUCGGCGAUGUUAAUCUGAGAGGCUUUUCAGCUGAGCAAGUCGCUUCGGUUUUGAGACAAGCUGGCUCUCAGGUAAGAAUGGUCGUAGCCAGACCAAUCGAACCAAAUUCAAUAGAUUUCGACCAAUACCAAUACAGAGCCCCAAUCGUUCCAACCAAAAUACUUACGGAUCAUGAAGAACUUGACCGACAAUUGCUCCAAAACGGAUACGCUUCCUGUUUCAAUGCUAAAAAAGAGAUAAGUCCCGUAGAAGAAAAAAGCUUGAGCAUAAAAUCUGAUAUUGUUUACAGCAAUAACAUAAUCGAAAAUGGAAUUGAUGGCAAGGAAGUUUUAAGAAAAGUUAAAAGCGUGGAUAUUUGUGAAAUUACUAAUAAUAAUUUCAAUUUUAAUAAUAACUACAAUAAUUAUAACAGUAGGGACUUAAAGCAAGCUGACGAUGACCAAAUAAGUCCAGUAAGUACAAGUCACAUAAUAGUCACCCCAAUUGAUUUUGAACUUGAAAUUCCCGAAACGGAAAGGUAUUCGGUUGAAUUGAAAAAAAACGAGUCCGGAUUGGGUAUUACUAUAGCCGGCUACGUUUGUGAACGUGAAGAUUUGAAUGGCAUUUUUGUGAAAAACUUAAGCGAAGGUUCACAAGCCUACAAAUGUGAAUUGAUUAAUAUUAAUGAUAGAAUAAUUGAAGUAGAUGGUAGAGCUUUAUAUGACUUAACAAACUAUGAAGCAGUAAAGAUUUUAAAAGAAACUGGUGACGUUGUUAGUUUAACUUUUGAAAGGUAUUUAAGAGGGCCGAAAUUUGAGCAGCUGCAAGAAGCUUUAGCAAAUCAAGAAAAAAAAGAUAAAAGCCCUUUAUCGCCCUCUUUGAAAACCCUAAGUUGGAUUCCUAUUGAGGCCAACAUCGAACCUGAAUGUGAUUCAACAAAUUCAGUCCAAAGUGAAAUUUUUAUAGAGGAAAAUUUCCAGGCUAAUUUAGAAGACGAUUUGGAAACCGACAUAAAAAACAAGUGGCAAGGCUUAUUGGGUGACCAAGCUAAUAUUGUUGUUGCAAAUUUAACAAAAUUAAAAGGUUUAGGAAUAAGCUUAGAAGGUACAGUCGAUGUUGAGUGUGGAAUUGAAUUACGUCCAAGACAUUUUAUUAGAUCGAUUUUACCUGAAGGGCCUGUAGGCCAAAACGGUAAACUCAGUCCGGGAGACGAAAUACUCGAAGUAAAUGGUCAGAAACUUUUAGGAGUACCUCACGUAGAUGUAGUGAGAAUUCUGAGAGAACUUCCAAACGCUGUACGAUUGGUUUGCUCAAGAAAAUCUAUAGAUAAUAGAGUUAUCAAUACUUCUCAAGAUAGAGAGGCUUUUGAGCAAAGAAACAUUUUGGGAGGCAGUUUGAAAAAUUUGCUCCCACAACCUGAACAGCGCUUAAUAAAAGCUUUAAGCGAUACAAGCAUACAUACAUCUAGUACAGUAACAGUUACAGACGAACCAAACAUUAUGAAAAAAGACAAAUCUCGUUCAUUGGAAAUCACUCAAGUAGCACUUUGGAGCGAAGAAGUCGAUUAUGUAGAGCUCCAAAAAACCGACAGAGGUCUUGGCUUCUCAAUUCUAGACUACCAAGAUCCUGUAGACCCCAAUUCAACUAUUAUAGUUGUGAGAAGUUUGGUUCCUCACGGUUCAGCCGAAGCGGAUGGAAGAAUCACCCCUGGGGAUAGAGUGAUAAGCGUCAACAAUACGAUAAUCAAAAACUUCACUUUGGACCAAGCGGUGCAAGCGCUUAAAGGCACUUUGCCUGGUAGAGUUAAGUUAGGAAUUUCCAAGCCUUUGCCUUCCUCUCAUCAUCAUAGUGGUACAUUGAGCAACAAUACUUAAACACUUUUAUGUUUAUUGCAAAAUACAUUUUGUGUUGCAAUAGGAAACUCGUAAUAAUUUAAAACAAAUAAGUAAACGAAUGGAUUUGAAACAAUUAAGAUUAUUAUUUUUAUUGGCUGUGUUUCAUUUGCUGGCAUUUAUUUUUUAAUUAACGCUGUGAUACUCAUGUUCUUGUCAUUAUUUUUUAGUUGUGAAUGAUUCUUAGCACAAUCACUGCUGGCCUUUUAGAAUAAAUAAGGUAUUUUUCCCAUUAUAUAUUGUCUUUUUAGAUGUUGUUACUCGCUAAAUUGUACAAUAAUAUUAUAGAAUUGGGCACAAUAAUAAUAAUAAUAAUAAAUACUUGUAUUUAUAUAGUUAUAGAUUUAGGCACUUUUUAUUGUAAUAAUUAUUGAAAAAUUGAAUCACAUAUAAUCUGUAUUGUAGUUUUUUGUUUUUGUAAUAAUCAUCAUUGAACAAUCAAAAUUGUAGAAAAGGAAUAUAAAAAAAAAAACGAUUGAAAAUUAUUUUCCUGUUUUAGGCUGUUUUUCAGUUGCUGUUUUGAACAAAUCAAAAUAAAUUAUAGGUACACCAUAAAGAGCAUUAGAUUAUUUAUAAAUUUGUGUUAAAUUGAGUUUAAUAGCUCAAAUACUUUUUGAGAAAUUGAGCCUCAAAGUUGAAUUUUGGUCGAAAUUAAGUCAAUUCAAUUUUCUCAA